AUGGGCCAGAAUAUCUGCGUGCUAUACUCGCAGCACAUCCCACCGCAAGGAGCAAUCCAUCCCAUGAGCGGCGCAGACCUCAAGCAGACCCUACAGCAGGGCGGCCGUAUUUUCGGCACCAUGAUAAGCAUCAACCGCAACCCCCGCUGGAUCCCUAUCCUCGAUGGCGUUGGCCUGGACUAUGUAAUCAUCGAUACCGAGCACAGUCCCCGCAGCCGCGGCGAGCUGGGCGACUACCUGACCAUGUUCAACACCAUCAGUGUCGUCCCCAUCGUGCGCAUCCCCAUACCCGACUCCCAUUACGUGACCAUGGCCAUCGACGCCGGCGCCCAGGGCAUCCUCGCCCCCUACUGCGAGACCGUCGACCAGGUCCGCGAGGUCGUUAAGGCUGCCAAGUUCCGCCCCCUCAAGGGCGCCGCCGCCGAGGAGGCCCUGGAAUCUGGCACCUUCCCCAGCGACGCUAGCCAGGAAUAUCUCGCCAACCGCAACCGCGACAACAUCUGCAUCAUCGGCAUCGAGAGCCAGGCCGCCGUAGAUAACCUCGACGCUAUCCUCGCCGUGCCCUACGUCGACGCCAUCUUCGUCGGUCCCAACGACAUGAGCAUCUCCCUCGGCGUGCCCGACGACUACGCUCAGGAAAUCUACAAGACCACCGUCAAGGGCAUCAUUGACAAGUGUGAAGCCAGGGGGCUGCCCACCUUGGUCCACCACCAGACCCCCGAACUUUCCGAAUACUGGAUCGAGCAGGGCGCCCGCUUCGUCCUCCACGGCACCGACCGACGCGCUCUAGCCGAAGGUUUCCGCACCGAGUUCACCCGCCUCCGAGGCAAGGCUGCGUCUGUAUAG